UGCGAUGGGAACCCUCGUCUUCGGACCGCACACUUGUCUUUCGAGCUGCCUUUCCCCGCCUCGGAGUCCCCGUCGACGCGGUGUAUUCGUCGCAGCCUCCAAGGCCCUCGGGGAGAAAAAAAUCGCUCCCUCGAAAUAACAGCCCCAACACCGACCUCGCGGGCUUGGCACGGCACCGGAGCAGGCUGCCUGCCGCGCAACCUUUAGAGACACGUGCCUUUGCCUAACUCAUUUGUCAGCUGAAACCGUGGCGGGAGGCGCAGACAAGAUGGCACCCAGCGUGGAAGCGCAAGCUUCGAGCGGGCCCUGCGAGUCCCUUCCGCCGCUCGUGGUGGUGAUCGGCGCCGGGAGCAGCGGACUGCCCACCGUCAAGUCGUGCCUCGAGGAAGGGCUCCGCGUCGUUUGCCUGGAGCGCACGGACGGCGUGGGCGGCCUGUGGCGCUACACCGACGAGCCCGUGGAAGGGUGCGGCAGCGUGGCGCGCAACACGAUGCUCAACAGCUCCAAGGAGUUCUCGGCCUACAGCGACUUCCCGCCGCACGCCGACAGCCCAAAUUUCAUGCACCACUCCGGCAUGCUGGAAUACCUCACGCGAUACAGCAAGCACUUCGACCUGAACUCGCACAUCCGUUUCAACCACGUGGUGGAGUCCGUGCGGAGAACGUCGGCGGAUGGAGUCGACAAGACUGACGGCGCUGGCGAUAGCAGAGAGCGUCGCUGGACAGUGUCCGGCCGGAACGCGACCACGGGUGAGGACUUCACGCUCCACGCUGACGCCGUGGUCGUGUGCAGCGGCCACCACGCGGUGCCCAAGUGGCCCGAUCUGCCGGGCCUCCGAGACACGUUCCGCGGCCGCGUUGUGCACGCGCACAAAUACCGGAAGGCGUCCAUGUUCGAGGACCGCCGCGUCCUGGUGGUGGGCAUGGGAAACUCUGGCGGGGACAUCGCCGUCGAGCUGAGCUACGUCUGCCCGCAGGUGUACAUGAGCACACGCCGGGGCACUUGGGUGGCCCCUCGUUUGGCGCCGGGCGGCCUUCCCAUGGACGUCACCAUGUGCACCAGGGCUCUGAACACUGCUCGCUCGCUGCUGCCGUUCGACCUCGGAGCUCGAGCCUUCGAGCGGGUCCUCAACGGACACUUCGACCACAAGAUGUACGGCCUGAAGCCGGCGCACCACGCCGUGAAUCAGCAGCCCUUCGUCAACGACGUCCUCCCUUCCCGGAUACUCACCGGAACGGUGCAGAUUCGAGGCAGCGUGACUCGGCUGGGCCCGGAUUACGCCGAGUUCCGCGACGGCUCGCGCGCGGCCAUCGACGACGUCAUCGUAGCGACGGGGUACUCGAAGCACUACCCGUUCCUGCCGCCCGAGGUAGCUCCCUACGUGCGCGAGGAGCGCGUCGAGCUCUACAAGUUCAUCUUCCCCGUGGGGGAGCCGAGCGUCGCCUUCGUGGGCCUGGUGGAGCCCAUCGGUGGGUUCUGGCCCGUGGCCGAGAUGCAAGCACGCUACGUGGCCCGUGUGCUCGCCGGCAAGCUACCGCUACCCGACGCCGAGAGACAGAGGAAAGAGGCGGCACGCAGGGCGUCCGCUUUAGCCAUCGACAGCGCACGCUACGCCGCACAGGUUCACUGGAUCGCGUACAUGGACGAACUGGCAAGUCUGCUCGGGGUGAAGCCCAACCUGAGCCGUUUGGCGAUCACCGACCCGGUGCUGUACCGCCGGUGCGUGUUCGGGCCCUGCCUGCCUUACCAGUUCCGCCUUGAGGGGCCCAACUCGUGGGAAGGUGCUCGCCAGGCCAUUCUCGAUUUUCCCGAUCGUGUCGCCUCGGUUCUGACUCCCCUCACGGCGCCAGAGGACACGCGCCUGCGCAGAGCCACCGCUGGAGCCAUCGACGUAGUGGCCACCUGCACUGUCAUGAUCGUUAUAGCUUAUGUGCUAUCGUUAGCCAUAUGAAAGGAUGUACCAGGACGUGUGUGCUUUCACUGACUAAUGCAAGAGGAGAGUGUCGAGCUGUGAGCGGAUAUUGCCUCGCGUAAGAAAGUGGCACCAAAUUCUCCGCCAGUGCGGCAACCGAAUGAAUGUGAGAGGUGCUGUUCAACACAAGAGAGCCUUAAAGUUGGACACGGUGAUUUCGCGCCACGACUUACGAGAGCUGUCAAAUGCGUGGAUGCUGUUUUUCUCCUCCAAUGAUGUUCCUCUACCGUGGUGUUGCAGGGUCUUGUGCUGUAUCUGCCACACUGGGAAUACUAGCCCAGUCAUAUGCAGCAGUGCCGUACCUUUUUUUAUUCGUUUAGUGCCAAUGCAAUGGAAUUUUUCCGUUUAAGAAAUUCUGAUGAUUGGUGGCUUUCACCUUCAAUGACAUAAUAGAACACAUCUCGACACAAAAGUGCAAAGUAUACGCUGUGGAUCCCUAAGACAGAAGGACAAAAUGGUCUUUGUAGGCUACCUUCGCGAAUGCAAGAGUUGAAGCAAGGGAAGACGGCCAAUAAAAGCGGAGUGGACCAAGUGGAUCAGGUAUCACCUCUCCAUAACGCUCAACCCGCCUCAGCUGAACCGCCCAACCUAGUUCCUCCAUAUUAUGUUAGCUUUCUAGUCCCUCAUAAGUAUGGACUCAAUGAGUCACCUCGUCUUGAAGAACCAUUGUCAUUAGUGAACACUAUAUUCGUAAUGUUAAUCUGUGGUACUCAUGCCAUCUUUUCGUGUAAGAAAGCUUCCUUGCUGUUGUCCCAAUUCGGGGCACUGCAACGAGUACUGGUUGACAUCACCGCAUUCUCGUCAUGUGGACCGAUUAAGGAUUGCAGAACAGUGGCGAGUGGAAAGGUUUACACGUGCACCAUCAAGAUGCUGUACUCGCAGGUGAACAAGAAUGGUUCCUCUUGCGAAGACACGAGAUAAGUGCUUCUGCGAUGCGCUUGACCAAGUUGUCGCAGCAACAGACUGUCCAUGAGGUCACUCUUCAGAAGCGCCGCGAUAAGCAUAUACCAUAGUUGAAAAAUCCAAAAAUCUGUCCAAGUGAUUCCUCUCUAUACCUAUACAAUAGCGCACUGCUGAUUCAAAUAUAUGUGGUUAGCCAGCUAGUGCA